AAAAAAUAUUAGUCAGUAUCACCGAAUCAAAAAAAAUCUACCGUCCCGAGAGCCAUAAUGUCCAUAAGAUGGAUGCUCAUAUUAACCUUCGCUCAAUGGUUACCCGCAAAAAAAAAAACCUUCGCUCAAUGGUAACAUGCGUACUGCAGGUGAGAAAUCGACCAUCAAGAAGCGGCACCUCUACAUCGACGUGGCACUGCUGGCUGCUAAUCCUGAGAUGACCACCUACAUGGCGCCUACUUUGGACAUUCGCCAGGCCAUCAUCUCCGAGAAGGUCCCGGAACUCGCCGCCGCUGCGGCCACCGCCGCGCUCAAGGAGUGGGGAGGUCCGCUCGAGGACAUCACCCACCUCAUUGACAGACUCAUCGUGGGCUCCACCAGCGGCGGCAGUGACAUGCCCGGCGCCGACUACCACAUCAUACGGCUCCUCGGGCUCUCUCCCUCCGUCCGCCGUGUCGCACUAUACCACCAGGGCUGCUUUGUCGGCGCGGCGGUGCUGCGCCUGGCGAAGGACCUCGCCGAGAACAACGGUGGGGCACGCGUGCUGGCCGUCUGCGUCGAGACCAACCUCAUGUACUUCCGCGGCGUCGACGACGCCCACAUGGACAACCUGGUCUGCCAGGCCCUCUUCGGAGACGGGGCUUCCACCGUCGUCGCCGGGGCCGACGCUGACCCGGCCACAGAGAAGCAGCUGUUUGACAUCGUGCACGCGACGCAGCACCUCAUCCCGGAGACCGGCGGCGCCAUACAGGGACUCAUGCGGGAGGUGGGCCUGACCUUCGGCCUCAUCAGCGAGGUCCCGUCGCUGAUCGCCAAAAAUAUCGAGGCCGGCCUCCAGGAUAUGCUCGACGGCUCCGGCGUCGCAAUCACCGAUAGGAACUCCCUGUUCUGGGCGGUGCAUCCAGGGGGGCGCGCGAUCCUCGACAAGGUGGAGGCGGCGCUGGGACUUAAACCGGAGAAGAUGCGGGCAUCACGCAAGGUGCUGGCCGAGUACGGGAAUAUGGGCAGCGCGUGCGCGUGGUUCGUCCUCGACGAGUUGCGACGGUGGUCCGCCGCCGAGGGAUGCAGCACCAACGGAGAGGGGUGCGAGUGGGGCGUGCUCUUUGGCUUCGGCCCGGGGCUCACCAUGGACACCGUAUUGCUACGUAGCGCACACAUCUCCCUCCGUUUCUAAAUACUUGUCUUUCUAGGCAUUUCAACAAGUGACUACAUACGGAGCAAAAUGAGUGAAUCUACACUCUAAAAUAUGUCUACAUACAUCCGUAUGUAGUAGUUAUUUGAAAUGUCUAGAAAGACAAAUAUUUAGGAACGGAGGGAGUAGCAUUCUUCCUCCCCAUACACGCGCGUGCGAAACCGUUCCGUAAUUUGUUAUGUAUACUCCUGUUGCAGUCGUUUCUGUGUUUGCUUAUUAAAGUUCCACACGCACUAUAGUACUCCCUCCGUCCCAUAAUAUAAAAACGUUAAUGUUAAAAACGUCUUAUAUUAAGAGACCGAGGAAGUACAUAAUAAGCAUAAUAAUGAUAUGCUAGGGUCCGCACUUUGCUUAGUCCACCGAGACCUACUCCUUUGAUUGUACCACCUGUUUUGCCCGUUGUUUAAUUGUUAUAAAAAA